UUAAUAUCAAACUGGAUAAAGCUGCAACACGGUAAAUGUGAAAUCAUUUUCAUACUUGUAUUUCAGAUGUUUGCUUUUUUGAGAGUUUAAAAACGUCAAGAAUGCUUGAAACACAUCGGUAAUUGAAGACAAGUGAAUGCAAAACUAACGAUGGAAAAAGAACAGAAAGAAUUUUCGAAUUGGGUUCAGAACAUUAAUGCUUUGCAGAUAACGAAAGUAGCUUUUCAUGAAUUUGCUAUAGAUAAAUUGGCUGCUGAAAUGCGUACGUGGAAGAUAAGUGAUAUCUCAGAAUUUUUACAAUUCAUUAAUGACAUUGAACAAAAAAUUGUCGAGAAGCCUAAUAAAAGCAAGCCGUGGCAAUGUAAAGCUAAACAUGAAACUUGUGAAACCAUAUUGAAUAGUUUAAUGCAGAUCCGUCAGAACCAAACUUUCAACAUUCGGCUUGAAAAUGAACUGUGCAAACAACUUAUGCUUGGGGAUUCUGCAGAGGAAACUCGAAGCAAAGUAGCAACGAUUCCCAAAAUAAAGAAGCCUGACGCAUUGAAAUUAUUUAGAGCAAUCUUUGGAAAUUCGCGCAAAGCUUCACCCGGGAAAGCUAUCAGAAAGGGCGCUGAAGAGGCUAGUUACGACGACAUAUUUAAAGGAUGCAGGAAGAGGCAUAUUUGGUGUAUAGCAAAUAUGUUUAUGCAAGAUGGAACAAGAAGAACUAACAUCUACAACACAGAACCAGCUAAUACAGAUGCUGCUAUGUUCUUUAAGAUGAUGAAAAACUGCAAAUUGUUUAUCGCCUCGCAGGAUGAUUCGGAGAGUAAGAUAGCCGAGGUGAUUGAGUGCAGAAACAGAUUGUUCCACUCCCCAAAUAAUCGGGUACAAACACCUGAUGCUGAUGCAAAUUUCACAACUUUGAUAAACCUUCUGAAGCAAUAUGAUGACAUUCCAUCUUGCAGAGACGCCAUACAAAGAAUUGAUGACAUGCGUGGCCAAACCAUUGUAUUCGGAACGGCUAACAAAACUUUGGUAAAAAAAGCUUGGUUUCUAAAAUCUUUUGAAUUAGAGACCGACUUAGAAAUUGAGAGAAGCAAAGGAUAUAGCUGUGAUGAAAUAGAGGAAUUACUGGAAGAAACUAAGGAGCAAUUUUCAAACCAAAGUUUACUUCACUAUUCGGGAACGAAGUCUACAGAAGAAUACAGAAAAGAAAACGAAGAGUAUGAAGAGGAAAUUCAGAAAAUAAAGAACGACGUAACACGCAUAGAGAUACAAGAUUUAAUGGAAGAACUCAAAGAACAAUACAAACAGGUAGCAAAGAUGUCGGAAAAAGAUACUGAUGACCCUAACCACAAAACAGAAAUCAAAGACCUGCAACAGAAAUUGAAAAAUGUACGAAGUGAACUUGAUAAACUUAAUGAAAAAAGGAUUCAGGUAGCGGAAUUGAAGGAUGAAAACCGAUUGACAACGGAAUUCAAAGAGAGUAUAGAGGAGAUUCGAAAGGACUUCAGAAAUGAACAGAAAAUUCUUCAGAAAGAAUUAUCUGAAUUAAGGAAGCAAACACAACAGAAUGACGCCACUACACAUUUGACAGAAACAGUUUCAGAUUUGGCCACCUCUUCACCUCAGCAAAUUGUUCAUGAAAAAGAAACAGAUUUAGAAGCUCACGAUUCGGAAGAUUGGUACUGUGACAUUGAUGAAUUAGAUUCAUUUGAAGACAAAGAUGAGACAAGCACGAACAAUAGAGACAUGUUAAAUGAACCAAAGGAGGCAUCAAACUUACCAUUUGAAACUUUUAGUAGGAGCGGAAAGCGUGUCAUCGCAUCAGUAACUUUUGGACGUACAUUCACUCAAUUUAUAGUUUUACCAAGCAAGUAUUUCACGACAGAACAAAACUUCGGGUAUUCUUCUUUGGUGCAGAUGUUAUCCAGCACAAUCCUUUUAAAUCAAAAGAAGGAAGUAGAGGAAUAUGGAGCUGUAGCAAAGGAAAAAUACGAUGACUUGAACUCAACACAGAAGCGUGAACAAUACUUCUAUUUUGAAUCACUCAAAAUAAAUAAUAGUGUGGGAUUGACAGACAAUCUGCAAAUAGAAGAUGUUAGAGGUCGCAGUAUGAAUGCUGUUGACGUAUAUAGCGCCGCUAUCAAGUACAUAAAAGUGCUCAGUCCGAAAAGCUACAAAGAAACAAUCCGACAAUGGAAUGACAGGUUCAGCAAUAUUUCUGAGGACGAUGAUCGACUAAUACCAGAUGAGCCAAUUUCUGAGGAUGAUAUAUUUUGGGUCUUUACGGAACCUGCGGUAUCAGAUGGAAAUGUAAAGAGCUGCAUCACAGAGGCUGCUGAAAAGUCAGGAAUACGAAACGAGCAUGUAGCUGUAAUCCCGGAACCAGUAGCUGCUUUAGCAUAUUGUAUGCAUACACCAGAAAAAUGGCGUGUAGAACCUUUGUCAAUUGAAAAGUACACAAAAUAUUUGAUCGUAAAUUUCGGAGAACAGACGGUGACUAUCUCAACAUGUGAAGCAAUAGACCAGAGUACAUUCAAGGAGAUGGAUUUUCCGGUAGAAUACACAGUUAAAACGGAUGUCGCAUACGAAGACUUUGUGACUGAAGUCAUAGGUAAAAAGGCUCUUGGAAAACGAUCAAGCAGUGAAACUGAUGUCAUUGUGUUGGUUGGCCCGGAUGAAGAUGUUAUUUACUAUACUUCUAAUUUGCGCAGUGCCAUAAAAAGGAAAUUCCCACAGAAACGUAUAUAUAUUCCGGCGGAUUGUGCCAGAGCAGUGAUCGUUGGCGCAGCACAUUGUUGCUACAUACCUAUGACUUUAAUAAAGUAGUCAGAUACAACCUAUCCUAAAUGAUAAACAUGAGGACGUGUCUAUUUCGUGACAAAUGACAAAAUAAAAAUUCAUAUUGUUUGUACAUAAUUUAGUAAAUAUCCGAGUUUCAUUUAUUUUACUUGUUCAAUAUGAGUAUGACAAAACAGCUCAGUCAGGUAAAAUGCAGAUACCAGUAGCUAAUACUGAAUAUUAUUUUCAGAUCUUGUUUCUUCUAUUCGGUUUCCUAUCUGUUCCAUAAUUUUCGUUCCUGAUGAUUUGUUUUUACAUUUAUGUCUUUUUGUAUAAAAUUUUCCAGUUUAUAUGUUUAUGAUCAUAUAUAUUCUUUUAACUAAUAAUUUACUUAUUAUAACUGGAUUUUUCUCAUUAGCCAUAUCGGCCUAAAAUGUAUCUGUCUUGUCAUAUGGAAAAUGAUAAAAACUAAAAAAAAGGAAUAUAAUUACUUAUGCCAUAAUGAAAAGAAAAUUAACUGAUAUCGCAUGUUUCCGAACCAAAACGGCAACAAUAUCUGUUGAAUAUAACAUAUAUGUUUUGCCUAUGAACUAAUUUGUAUUUGCUACUAAAACUUGAACUAUUUAGAGUUUUAAAGGUUUCAAAAAUGAAUUUCCUAUGCUUCAUCAAGUAAUUUUUCUUUCUUGCAUGCCGGCCAGGAUUUUCCCGUGCUUCUCGGUGCUAGAAAAACUCAUCUUACAGCCAGGGGUGUACAAAAAAGCGCCUUAAAGAAGAACCUUUGUUUUUCUUUAUAUCUUCUAUAAAUUGAAGAAUAAGGCACGCAAGAAAAAGAAUCAAUCACUG